AUGUGUCUCUUGGAAACAAACGGCUAUUUGAAUACAUUUCUAUCCCCUUCGGCAGCAACAUGGUAUGCAGAACAUGCUAUUCCUUAUCGUCGUGGUUAUCUGUUUUGGGGAGCGGCAGGGUCGGGGAAGAUUGACAUAUGUCUGGCAAUAUCCGGGCUCGUCGGUCUAAAUAUCUACACCAUAAAUGUCGCUUCACAGCACUUAACUGAAAGUGAUUAUGCUAUACUAUUUCGAAGCCUGCCUCGAAGAUGUCUACUGUUACUCCAGAAUAUCGAGAUGUUAGACGACGCUCUUGUCCCAGUCCUAGUUGAUUUAUUGGUUGGACUAGAUGCGAAGGAGGGCCGUAUUCUGGUCUUAACGAGCGAAGAGAGGACAGUGCCUCAACCAUUCCUACGGCAUGGAUGCGUCGAUAUGAUUAUACCUGUGGCUUCCGUGACCAGCUCUAUUGCUCGAGACAUUUUCUUAACAACCUAUGCAAGUUUAGUCUUGCCAUGCCAAUUGAAUGGUGAAGAUAGCAGGGCGUAUAUGGAAAGAUUGGCGCAAGAUUUCUCCAGCAAGAUUCCCAAAGGAACAUUUUACGCGGCUGAUAUAGAGAACUAUCUGAUCAGGUAUAGGUCUAGCCCUGAGGAUGCAGUCAUAAACGUUGAAAAUUGGACUCGGAAAUGUUCUACUAUGAGUAAAUAG